AUGGGUAUCGAUUUGAUCACUGUGCUUGCAGUCAUGGGCACUGUAGGCGUCGGCAACCCGCUUUCACUGAACCCUGGAUUCUCUAUUGGUGGCAAGAGUCGAAAGACUAACAACAUACUCGGUAAUCUUUUGGGACUACUCGGUACGCCCAGAGGCCUUGAUGGAGCCCACAACUGGAUCGAAUCAGACUCAUCGAAUACGCGCGACGAUCUGUACGUGACUGGUGACGCGUCCACUAUGAACAUGACUCUCUUUAUGGAGGCCUACAACACUUCGGACGAUUUUGUUCUUACCAUGGACGACAUUGGCGCACGUGCAGCCAAGCGAUUCCAAGAGAGCAUCUCGACCAAUCCGAACUUCUACUACGGUCCGUAUACUGGCAUGAUCGCUCGCAACGCUGGUUAUGCCUUCACUGGGCACAUAUUUCGAAGGGCUAGACUGACACACCCACAGCCNAAGGACGUAUUCGCCAGCUUCUACGCCGUCUACGAGGAGAAUGGCCGACUCGUAUACAAUAAAGGCCACGAGCAGAUCCCCGCGAACUGGUACAGACGACCCAUAGACUAUGGCCUCAUCGAACUCAACUUGGACUUGGUAGCAUGGUUCCUCAAAUACCCCAUUCUAGCCAGCAUCGGGGGAAACCUCGGGACUGUUGACAGUUUUGCCGGCCUCGACCUCGAAGACAUUACUGGAGGUGUUUUGAACGCCACAUCGCUGCUCGAAGGAAAUAAUCUGGUUUGCUUUGUUCUUGAAAUCGUGAAGACAUUCUCGCCGAAUUCAUUGUCUUCGCUGUUCAAGACACUUGAGAUCCCGCUCAAGCUUGUCACUGAUGCUGUCUUGGACCCGUUGUUGAGUCUUAACUGUCCCGCAUUCAAGGAUAUGACAAUGGAUGGGACUGAUCUCCUUAGUGGUCUGCUCGGCAAGUAUCCUGGCGCGAUCAAGGCUGGUGUUGCAUUUUAG